AGUACGUUUGUCUGUCUGUUUCCAUGGCAUUGACGUUGUGUCCUGUAUGAGAGCUUCUUACAGAUAUUAAUACAUCCUGGUAAUAGGAUUAAGACUGAGCCGGAUGUACGCAGGUUUAUCCCCUUUUUUGUGUUGAGAGGGUCUGUGCACAUGCAAGAGGCAGCAUCUUUACUCAGCUGUAGUCACUGAGAAUGAAGGACCCUCAGCUACCAGGGAACGGUGGCCAGCAGUCAUGGCUGAAGCACCGGGAGGAGAGGAAGAUGAAGGUGAGCGAGGCUGCUGGCAGGGAGAUGAGAAGGGAGGCAGUCCAAACGCAGCCAACGCCAGAGAUGCCACCGAAAUGCUCCCCCUUCGAAAGGGUCAUCUUUGAAAUAACCCACAACGAGACGGUGGCCAACGAGGUCGCGCUGGGGCGGCGGGUUGCCUUCUACGAGCUCCGCGGAGAAAUAGGCCGAGGCAACUUCUCCACUGUCCGGCUGGGGGUUCACACCCUGACCAAAGAGAGGGUCGCAGUCAAGAUUCUUGAUAAAGUGCGUCUGGAUAAGAAAACGCAGUCCCUCUUUGCCUCGGAGAUCUCCUGCAUGGAGCAGCUAUCCCACCCUAAUAUUGUGCGCCUGUAUGAGGUGCUGGAAACAGUAAAGCAUCUGUAUCUGGUAAUGGAGUAUGGCAGCGGAGGAGAUCUCUUCUAUCGCGUCACCACUAGAGGGUGCCUGUCUGACCUGGAGAGCAAGCUCAUUUUUGGCCAGAUCGUGUCUGCUGUGAAGUACAUGCAUGACAACAACAUAGUGCACAGAGACCUGAAGGCAGAGAACAUCUUUUACACCACGAGCUACUGCAUUAAAGUGGGAGACUUUGGCUUCAGCACCGUGAGCGCCCCUGAUGAGGUUCUCGCCACCUUCUGUGGCUCUCCGCCGUAUGCGGCGCCCGAGCUCUUUAAGAACAAAGGCUACGUCGGCCGCUACGUGGACGUCUGGGCCCUGGGGGUCCUGCUGUACUUCAUGGUGACGGCUUGCAUGCCCUUCCGCGCGGACAACAUGACAAAGCUGAAGCGCUGCAUCUCGCACGGGGCCUACUGCCUGCCCGCCCACCUGCCCGAGCCCUGCCGGCAGGUCAUCAGGAGCAUGCUGAGGCCCGUGCCCCAGGACCGGCCCUCCGUGACCCAGGUCAUGGCCAGCCCGUGGCUUAGAGGGGUGGAGUACCCCGAGCCUUACCCCGCCUUAAGCCCGACUCCCGCCCACCUGGCCGGGCCCUCGCGGGCGCUCCGCGAGGACGAGCGGGAGGUGAAAGCAGCGCUGGCGCUGGCGGGCAUCACCGACGCCCACCUGCGGAACAACCCCUGCGCGGACUCCCGGAGCCCCAUCACGGGGAUCUACCGUAUCAUCGCGCACCGCGCCCAGAAGAGGAGCUCCGCGGAGGCCGUGGGCUACUCUACCGUGUACCCUGAUGACUUCCAACACCGCAGGCUCUUGACCCGAGCCAGCGCGGCUAUUAAGAAGCACAACCCGUCUGCCGUGUGCGCCAUCCUGUAGGGGGCGCUACAGCGGACAGGGCACAGUGACCACCUGCAACAAGAAGCUUUUUUAAAAUUCUUCAUAUGCUACAUUUUCUCUACGCAACAACUGUUUGGAUCGGUGAAUAGGACCUUGAAAAUGCUAGGUGUGCGGCGGUAACUGUCCAAAAGGAAUGGCAGGUUAAAGUGAAUGCAGCUUGUUGUACAGUGUGGUCAAUAAUGGAAAUAUACAAUGGUGGAAAAGUGUAUGUGGAGUGAGAUGGCCAUAUGCGAAUGGCACUUGGAAAGUUAUAUUAUCUCCCCGAACCAUUGCACUUUUCCCCUUAUAUACCGAAAAGCAAAGGAAAACACCAAGUCAUCAAAUAAAGACACAAUCAUAAAACUGCACAGCAAUGAUCCUGCUAGUGCUACCUCUGUAAGCAUACCACACUGGGUUAACCUUUAUAGCUGAGACACUAACUUGUUCCCCACGACAUUGGCUUUCCAACAAUACCAAACAUGAUUACACUGUAUUAUGGAGAACCCAAGGUUUACAUAAUGCUCAUCCUGUGGGAUGUUACGCAACUGAGCACUGUCUCUUUCCCAUGCGUGCUGACUCCCUGUCAGCACAGGAAAUAGUUUUUUUUUUCUUUGGGGGUCUCAUAAAGGGCACACUUCAGAAAACCGCCCUGCAUUGCCCACCAGUUGGAGGGGUGAAAAAGGGGAAACCCAUUAUUUCUCAGCAACAAUCAACUAUGGACAUGGGACACUAUGGCGCCCUUUACUGUAGUACUUUAUAAAUGGUCGUACAUCUCUAGGAAUUCUGACAGGUCUUUCCUCCCUCAACGAUGAGCCUGUUAAUUAAAUCUGUGCGCAUACUCUAUUGCUGUAUCACGCCCACUUGUGCUAAUGCAUAGUCUACAGGAACGCCUGUAAAAAUCUGUAUGACUUAUAAUUUCUGAUUUAAAUGCACAUUUAAACUAAUACCUUGUAUGCUUACAUCGUUGCCAACAUCUGUGGAUCAGUAAAUAAUUGUACCGAUUUCAGACACAAAUCUUGAAUAUAAGAAACAACCUUACACAUUCUUGGGUACUGUGUACCGUAAAUAAUAAUUUGCCAUUAUAAAUGUUGCCCCCUUUAAUUCAAGCAAGAAACUUGAUUUCAACAAAUGGGAUUUAAUUUUGAGAUUACCCUCUUUAAUUGGCAUCUGUUGCACAGGUUAGCUGUUCUGAUAAUAGGCUUAUACUCAUGAGAGGCUGACGCAAGAAUCACAUCUUAACUUCUGUCUGUUCCACUUAGAAAGCAGAAAAUAAAUCUGUGAACAAUUUAUAAAACUGCAGUAAUGGUUUACAAAUGUAGUGAAUGCUAUACAUAUGUAGCAUUGUGUUUGUUUUUGUUCUUUUAAGAAGUCCAGUGGGCCUAUUUUAUCUCCAUACUUUAUAUAGCCAAUAUAUUUUAUGCUGCUGUACUUAUUGUUAAUCAAGAAUAUUUAUUGAAAAUGAAAUGCUUUUUAUGAAACAAUAUGUACAUUUAAGUACAAUAUAAAAUUUGGAAUUUGGA